AGAUUUUUCAUCACUUUUGCAAGCUAACUGUAAACAAAUGUGUUAAUACUGUGUUUAUUGAAAACAACUGUUUAUAUUGUGAAAAGCUAAUAUGCAAAAAUGUCAGACCUCAAUCGCAUAUUCUGUGAACUUAAGUCGGAGUUUGCACAAAACGUGGAAUGGACCAAACUGGAAGAUUGGCUGUGCGAUGAUGACGACGACGAGGUAACAGCACAAAAAGCCAACCAAUUUUGGUCCCUGCCCAUGUGCAGGCAAAAUUUGCAACGCCAGGAUAAUCAAUUGCAAGCACUGCGGGAGCUGGCGCAAUGCAUCAGAUCAAUGCGAUCUAGUGAUAUUGAGGGCGAAAAUAGAUUUGACAUUGUAAACGAUAAUUGGGCUAAAAUCGAGAACAUUGCCUCCAAGGAUUAUUUGACCUAUAUUUACGCAUUAACGAGUCUAGCAACAUUGCCACAAGAUUUACUCGACUUUGCCCCCGAGCCUAUAAAUGAGAAUGUAAAUGUGCAUCUGGCGCUUAAUGCAGUUAGCACGUAUUUCCUAACGCUCACCAUUCCAGGCGCCAAGAGUUAUGGCAUCUUCGAUGAGGGUGUCAUCGAGCAUUGCUUACGAGUCUUUCGACUGCUGGAAAAUUAUGCCAAUUCCAGUGCGCGAGCUAACAAUAUAUGGAUAUUAUUUCUAACAAUUUGCGAUGAUCUCAAACUCGUCUUUCGCUAUGUCCACUUUAAGGACCAUCUGAAGCCACGCGACAAUAUAAUGCGUUGCCUUUUGAUUAUACUCUACAUGAAUUUUAGACAUGGCUACAAUAAUGCCUGUGCACCUCAACUACAUGCGAAAUGUUUUGAAGUCUUAGACGAGAUAACCACUGAACAAAAUGGAGAUGUAUACAAGACUUUGAUGCAUAUAAUGUCGGAAACGUUUUAUAUGCAUAUUUAUCCAGAAAACUCGAAAGGUUUGGGCCCAAAAAAUGGCGAGCAUAUUUCUGAUUGGUUUGUAAAGCUAUUAGACAAGUAUCCAGAUAUAUUGUCACGUGUAUUGGAAAAUUACAUUGAUUGCGUGAUUACGAAUCCUAUUAGGGAGUGGAAAGCCGGUGAUGAGAAAAUUGCCAUUGGAUAUGCGGCCAAAUAUGAUGCAGCUCUCUAUGCCAAAUGUAACAAAUCCUGCACGGAUCUGCUACUUAAGACUAUCCAAGCGGAUGAAGCAGUGGGUCUUCAGCUACGAUCUCUCGAACUUAUUGAGCGCAUUUUGCAGCAUCAGACACAGGUGGAGUGGCGAAUCUUUCGACACGAUGUGUCCACUAAACCAAGAGAAGUUUCUUUAAUCAGAGAGACAAUUCGUUGCCUUGACGACAAAACUUUUAGCGUUCGUCGCAAGGCGAGCCAAGUGCUAAGCAUAGCCAUUAGACAGGGCUCGCCAAUCACCACACGAAUACUUUAUGAGGUCAUCAAUUUUGUUCAAUAUGAUGAUAUUAAGACACCGCGUAACCCAAAUUCUCGACAAGUUGAGCUAAGUCUUGAAAAUCCAAAAAAGUUGUGUUAUGCCUAUAGCUUCGAGGGUUACGAUGAACUAGAAGCGGACGUUAAGAGAAUGCCACAAUUGAUUUACGAACGUUUUCUAGUAUCUAACAAUGGCUUGGCUCGUUGCUCUGGACUAGCUUUGCUAGAGCGCCUGGCUCAAAUGAAUCAGCGAAUCUUAUACAAUACCCACUUUGAGCGUGAAAUAUCUGCGCUAGCCACAGAUAUGCUGUCAUCAGUGCGGAAAGCAACAUUGGAAAUGAUAGACGCACUGCUCCAAACCUACGACAACUGUUCCAUACUCGUCGAUGUCUAUUGUCGGAUUUGGUCCUGCAUGCUGAAUGAUGACGAUGCUCUAUUACAGAAACUUGCAUUGCAUAGCUUUAAUCGUAAUGUCUUGCUGAAUAUCCAACCUCUGGAAUAUUCCAAUGAACCGAAGCAUCUGCUGCCCUGGAACAUUCUGACCACAUUGUUAGCUACACAACCUCGUGAUUAUUUGCAGCACAGAUUCAAUUUAUUGCUACAAAAUGAGAAUCUGGUUACGUCCAAAUUGGUGAACACUAUUAUCUCGCACUUAAAUACGCCAAUGGCAACGGAAGCAUGGACACUGCUUCUGAUGCUAUCCAGUCGCAUUACAAACAAUUUGGAUUCGAUAAUACCAACAUUCGAUCGUUUGUCGUCGUACAAUAUGAAGUCGAAUCAGGUGUUAGCGCUUCAGUUGAUCACCUAUUGUUUGUCCAACUUUUCGAAGGCAUCGCUCAAUCAGCUCUUCAAACGCCUGCUAUCCGCGAUGAGCACGGGCAGCAUUUGGCUAGCAGUGAUCUCACCUGCAAUGCUGCUGUUGCAUCACAUAGAUCAACUGUCGCAUAGUCAGGCGCCGGAGAAUAGCGCGACAGUUGAGAAUUGGCAAAUGCAGUUGCUAGAGGACGUCACGGCUGCGUCCAAGAUAUGCAUAGAGAACUUUCAAACAGAUCACAUACGAAUGGCCUCCUUACUGGCUACUUAUACCGAACUGAUUGUAAUGCUACCACAAAACGCGGAUGAGAAAAUCGUUAACUUUGUGCUUGGCUAUGUGAAGCUCUGCAUUAGCUUGAACGAAGCCAGUUUCGAUACGGAAAACGAACGCAUGAUGAACUGGAUGGUUGUGAUAGCAGGAAGGCUCUCUUUGCGAGACAAUAAUCUGGCACACAAGGUUUCCAAAAUGUAUGGGCAAAUACUGAGCAAAAAUGACAGGCCACAACUGAUUAAUAGUACGCUGAUUUGUCUGAACGAUCUGGGCAAAAAAUAUCCCACAAUUCUGGAGAGCAAUAUGAAAUGCAUACUGGUCAAGUUGUCUUCGAAAUAUCCCACAACACGCGUGCGCACCUAUCGCUGUGUCAAGGAUGUCAUUCUGGCUGGGAAUAUUAAAUUGAAAGGCGCCAUUUUAAUCUCGCUGCUGGCUGGACUGGUCGAUGAGAGCGUCGAAGUAGCACGUGAAGCAGAUGCCUUUUUUAUACGCUAUAAGAAAUUGUAUGACAAGUCACUGUUUCAUCAUUGUCUCAAGGAGAUUCCCUUCGAUUUGAACGACCAAGCCUUUUUAACCGGCUCAGCUCGCAUGGAAGCAGGCUUCAAGUCGCCACUGAAGGGACCAAAGCAUAGAAAACUUCGGCGUUUGCUAUAUAAUCAUAUUCUCGCCGCAUUAGACGAAAAUACGCUCUUACUAUACUUUGGACAGCUGAAGCUAUUAGCUGAGAAGACAAAAGAUGCGUCAUUUAUUAAGUUGGCCAGCGCCUUGGAUGUAGUCAUCGAUAUACUCUUUAUAAUGCGUCGAAUAUGCUAUUGUACCAAGAGCAAACGUCAGCAGGGCGCAGGCCAGGCAGAGGGCGAUGAAGAUGAGACCUCACCGGAGGAGGAACUGCAAGCAUUGCCAAUUGCACUGGCCGAGCAGCCACCAGCUAAUGAUAAUGCAGCAGGCAAAGGGCGUGGACGAGGAGCACGCAAACGGGAAAUAGCUGAAGAGCCGCUCAAGCAACUGGAGCGUUGUCUGCGCUACGUGGAGGAAAUUCAUCGGAAUUUGCGUAAUUAUAUGAACUCCGAGCUGCAUCAGGAGUUUAAUAAAUUUUGUCGUGCCAUGACAAUGCGCUUUGCGAAUUUAACGGACUUUGCGCAGCCAGCGCAUUUCUGGCAAAAAUAUAAAACUAAAUCCGGACCAAGAUCCAAGCGACGUCGCGUCAACGAUGAUGGCGACUAUGCAGAUGGCGAGGAUUCGGCAGAUAGCAACAGCGAUACAGACAAUGAACUGCCGCUGGAACGGCACAAGAGUUCGAUCACAGCAACAGCCGGAGGAGUACGCAGAGGAAGCUUUGAUUUGCUGGCUACUGAGCUAAUCUUUCAGCCGCUUGACUGGUAGAGGAUACUCACUUGUAUAUGUAAAUAUAAAUCUUAAAUAC